AUGCGUACAGUAGAAAAAGUCUUGAAAUGUGGUUAUUAUUGGCCUUCGCUGUUCAAGGAUGCUAAUGAAAUAACUCGCGCUUUUAUUAGUGAUGAAGGUUCUCAGUUCAUUGGAACACAAGUUACUACAGCAUUGAAUCGGUAUGGUGUCAAGCAUCAGAUUGCUACAACAUAUCAUGCACAAACCAAUGGCCAAACUGAAGUAUCAAACCAUGAGAUCAAGCAAAUUCUUAAAAAGGUAGUUAAUCAUUCACGAAAGUAUUGGUCUCAACACCUUAAGAAAGCAUUGUGGGCUUAUAGGACAGCAUAUAAAACACCACUCGGCAUGUCUCCCUAUCACCUUGUAUAUGGCAAAGCUUUCCACUUAACAGUGGAGCGGGAGCAUAAAGCUAUGUGUGCAUUAAAGAAGUUAAAUUUUGAUCUAGAUGCUAAGGGGGAAAUGGUGUUGGAUCUUAAUGAAUUAGAAGAGCUCCGAAAUGAUGCUUACGAGAGUUAUUGA